CUCAGCACGCAUACCGUUAUCCCCUCGAUCCCGCGUCGAUCAAAAUGCGCGUUUAGCGUCGAUUAAAGUUUCUUCUCACCGUAUCUCGGAUUGUCUUACCGGAGUUACUGGAUAGCGGAACACCGCCAGCAUGAAGUACAAAAACCUGAUGGCCAAGGCGUUGUACGACAACGUCCCGGAAUCCCCAGAAGAGCUGGCAUUCCGUAAGGGCGACAUUCUGACGGUCAUCGAGCAGAACACAGGGGGCCUCGAGGGAUGGUGGUUGUGUUCGCUCCACGGUCGCCAAGGCAUCGCCCCCGGCAACCGCCUCAAACUGCUCAUCGGCCCGAUGUUUGAAGGACAUACGCCUGCCUCGCCCUCUCCACCUCAGAGUCACGUCCUACAGCAGAGACCUCUUACCCCUCAGGAUGUGUACCAGGUGCCCCCCUCUCACCAGAGCCCACAGGGACCAGGCAUCUAUCAAAUCCCACCAUCAAUGGGCGUGUACCAGGUUCCACAAAGAAGUGCGCUGGCUGUGGAUGGGACACCUAGCAAGGUGGUGACCCCGGUACGUGUGGGACAAACGUACGCCUACAGUCCUGCUUCAGAUUCAUCUCAUGACCUUUAUGACGUUCCUCCUCUUCGUUCACAGGGGGUCUAUGAUAGUCCGGCUAUGAAACAGACCGGACAGAACAUCACUCCCAGAGCCCAGGGCAUCUACGACAUGCCUCCCUCACAAGACCUUCGAUCCAGAGGACUGUAUGAUAUCCCGCCAGCAUCACAAGGGAUAUAUUCCACUCCUCCUUGUCGGAACAACGUCGCACAAGAUGAAGGCAACUACGACUUUCCACAGCCGUUGAAGCACAAGCAAGAGGGUAUAUACGAUGUCCCGCCAACAACUCUUUCCAAAGCUUCCCCGUGUUCCAACUAUGACUUCCCGCCCAGCUCUGAGCCCGUCUCCCGGUUGGUCAUGAACGACAGCAACGGUAUCUACGACGUACCCGCUAGUAAGCUCGCCGCAGGCGGAUCUCACGACUUGUACGACAUUCCGCGUGGAAAACCUCAGAACAGAGACAGACAUAAAGCAGUGUACGAUGUUCCUCCAGGAGAUUCCCGGUCACUUGGAGACGUGACCGACGGUGUCAACCGUUUAUCGUUUUCCAGCACCGGUAGCACUCGCUCGAGCAUGUCCACCUCAUCUUCUUCAGCCAGCUCCCCUGCCGAGGGUCGGCUGGCGUUGGAUCUUGACUCGGCGGUACAGCGGUUGAAUCGCCUCCAACAAGGCCUGGAUUCUUCUGUCGGCGUGCUUCAAACUCUUGCUGCCUCUCCGCACUGGCGAACGUACGGCUUCAUGGAACGUCACGCCAACGAUGUCCGUGUCUCAAUAGAGCGGGUCAAGGCGGCGCUCACCGACUUUCUUGUGUUCAGCCGCGGGGCGGCGGCAAACGCCACAGCGUUGUCCGACUCAGUACUGCAUUCAAAGUUGCGACGGCAGCUACAGCGUUUGGAAGAUUCCCAGCAGAUUCUUCAACAAACUCACCAGACUCUGGAGAAUAGCAGCUGGGCGCUUAAUGUCCUGGCAGCCGGCGCUAAGCAACUGAGCAAGUGUGAUGAACUCGAUCGUUUCACAAUGGUGUCACGGACAGUUCCCGAUGAUGCCAAACAACUGGCGUCAACGAUUGGGGGCAGCGCAGAGCUUCUCUUCCGGAGAGCGCCGAUCGAGGGCAUCGUUCACCCCUUCACCUGCACACCGACAGAAGACGACAGCUACGGUGGCCAGACCAAACCGUUCCCAGUAUCACAGGACAAAGCGAACAGCGAGAAGUGUGUGAAGAGCUGGAUGGAGGAUUAUGACUAUGUGCAUCUGCAGGGAAAAGAUGAAUUUGAACGGCAACAAAAGGAACUCUUAGAAAAGGAAAACAUUGUCCAACAAAAAGUUCAACUUGGCCAAGAACAGCUUAACCAAUUCAAACAGCUCGAACAGGAAGUGAUCAAACCGGUCGAGAACGACAUCACCAAAUGGGUCACCCAUCAUCAUUCAACGGGCUCCUCCUCCUCAUCAGAAUCCUCCGGAACGCCGCUGUGCUUGCGGGACAGACAGCUGCUGAGCUUCUACGCCGACCAAUGCGAACAGCACUUUGUGACUUUGUUAAAUGCAGUGGACGCUUUUUUCGGCUGCGUGAAAGCCGGACAGCCUCCACGAAUCUUCGUGGCACAUGGCAAAUUCGUCAUUCUCAGCGCACACAAGCUUGUGUUUAUCGGAGACACGCUCUCGAGACAAGCGUCGGUGCCUGAGGUGGCCAAUCGGGUGAUGAACUUGAGCAACAUGCUGUGUGAGAUGCUGAAGACGGUCGUGGGGGCCAUCAAGAUGGCCGCCCUUCACUAUCCCAACACGGCCGCCGUGCAAGAAAUGGUCGAUCGUGUGACAGACCUCUCGCAUUUGGCACAGCAGUUUAAAGUGCAGCUCUUGCAGAUGCCAGCGUUGUGAUGUCAUAAUGACAUCAUGAGCGUUUGAACAAAGACUUGUUUUAAUGUAUGUGCAUAUUUAUAUACUAUGUCGACGCAUUACUGAAACUAUGAUCUUUGUAUAUAGUCUUGCUUUCUUUGUUUCUGUAAAUAUUUGGCUCUAUUUUUGUGUAGAUUUGUUUUAUAUAAUAUUAAUAAUAUUAAUUAUUUGUAUGCCGUAAAGUUAUUGUGAGACUCGUGUUACGUUAACGUUCCUGAUUUUUGUGUAUUAGACAACGUAUGAGUCUUUAAUGCUUAUUGUUGGAUUUUGAUGAUGGCCAGGAUCCACAAAAUGAGAAUAGUUUGAAAGCAUAUUUUGUACACGUGAUGUUUUGUGUGACGUGCCCUCUGUCGAGUGUACAGACUGAACGAAGUAAAGAUUUCUGUCUUUGCUGUGUGAA